AUGACACCUACAUGGGCACAGGCAGUUCUCAACGUGGUGGGUUUAGUAACCGCCCGAUGGGACUCUACUCCCAUAGUCGAUGCCUUCACCAGUUUCUCGCAGCGCUGCGCUAGUGCGCAAGGCCCUGCCUCCAGCAUCUCGCAACUCAUGAAUCGCCCACAUCUGUCUACCCCCACACCCACUCCUGCCGGAAAUCUUCCAAACAACAAUUCCGACGAUGAAAAUCCUCUAGGCGGAAACCCGCCCGGAGAUGGUGGUGGAGAUCUGGAUGAUGAGCCUCUGGAAGACCCGACCGACAAUGAAAAUGAAGGUCUAGGUCCACAGGACUUGGUUUUCCUCCGCCUAUCCCAAGCUAUCAAUAACCUGGCGCGUAACAACUGCCAAUCAUCCUCCUCCGGCGACUCUAAAGUCAAAAUCCGAGAACUGGAUACCUUUGAUGGCACUGAACCCCGGAAGCUCCAGGCAUUCUUUGUCCAAUGUGAGCUUAACUUUCAAGCUAAGCCAAAAUCUUUCCAUACCGGCCGUACCAAGGUCAACUUCGUGCAAUCAUACCUCAAGGGCAUGGCCCUUGAAUGGUUUGAGCCGGACCUCCUUUUGGAUGAUCUAGCGGAUCGUCUGGAUUGGAUGGAUGACUACUCUGAGUUCAUGUUAGAACUUCAAACUAACUUCAGACCACAUGACCUGGUCGGAGAUGUGGAAAUGCAGCUGGAACAGCUCUAUAUGCGCGACGGACAGCGCAUCAACAAUCGUCAAGGGAAACCCACCACACUUCCUGAAUACAAAACUCUUGCCCAGACUAUCAAUGCUCGAUCCUGGGAACGCAAGGGAGAAGUCUCCCACAAAUCCAAACCCUCCACAUCCGCCCCUCCUGCCAAGCAGUCAGCUCUGACCUCCGACUGGAAAGAGUACUCUGGCAGAAAGUCCGGAAAUGCCUCGGCUUCAUCCUCCGCCAAACUUCCAGACUUAAUGUCCAAACUUGGAAAAGAUGGCAAGCUCACCUCUGAGGAGCGCCAGAGGUGCAUGGAAAAGAAGCUCUGCCUCUUCUGCGGCAGACCUGGUCAUACUGCCCAGGACUGCCUGAAGUCUACUUCCUGUGCAGCCAAAGGUCGUGCCAGCACGGUAACUCCAGAAGCCAAACCAGAGGUCUCGGAAGAGACAAAAAAUUAG